AUGGUGUGUCAGCUCCACGAGGUGAUGAUGGCGCGUGUCACGGACAGCGGGACCGUCUCCGAAGCACUUGCAGUAACCAAUGUAGUGAGGCGGGGCUACAUACUCACCCCAACCCUCCUCAGUUUCAUGUUUUCUGUCAUGCUGGCGGACGCCUAUCAUGAUGAACCUGGGAUCCGCAUCGCCUACAGGACUGGCGGCCAUAUUCUCAACAGCCCGCGCAUGCGGGCCCCAACGUCCCCUAGUCACAGCCUACUCUUCGCUAACAACUGCACAAUCCACACCAAGACAGAAGCUAACAUGCAGCAGAGCAUAGGACUCUUCGCCUACGGUUGCGCCAACUUCGGGCUGACCAUCAACAUGGACAAAACGCCGGUCAUGCAUCAAUCGUCACUCAACGCUGCAUGCAGUGUUCUUCACAUCCACGUCAACGGCACCCAACUGAAGACCGUGGACAAAUUCGCCUACCUAAGCCGCACACUAUCAAGCUGUUUCAAAAUGUACGGCGAAGUGGCUGACCGGAUUUCCUAA